GCCGCUGCUGACUCCAUCCCUCUUGACUUCCUGGCCACGCCCCCUCAUCCCGCACUGCAAACUAACGCGUGUGUAUACGCAUAGGGAGGAAGAGCAUCUCGGCCUCAGAUAAGCAAGGCUGCCUCAGAGGAAUCAACAGGCAAGCCACACCUCUCCUCUUUUUACGAAUUUGAUCUUGGUUUAUGGAUAAUCAAGGGAGCAAUGUUCAAAAUUUCAUUCAUGCUAAUGGACACCUGGUGCUUGAAAGAGUGCAUAACAACUAUAAUCUAAGAUCUUUCACUCAAAAAGAGAUACAAGACAUCACCGGUGGGUAUAGCACUGUCCUGGGAGAAGGGGGAUUUGGUAAGGUUUACAAAGGAAAACUAGAUGAUCAUCGUCCAGUCGCAGUAAAGGUAUACAAAAAUGGAACCAUGAAAGAAGAGUUCGCCAAAGAGGUCAUAGUGCAUUCUCAGAUAAAUCACAAGAAUGUCGUCAGACUGUUUGGUUGCUGCACGGAGGUAAAUGCUCUUACGAUUGUUAUGGAGUUUGUAUGCAAUGGCAACCUCUACGACAUCCUUCAUUGCAGCAGCAGCAAUGCUAAUGGUUGUAUCCCCUUCCCUUUGGACAAACGUUUGGACAUUGCCAUUGAGUCUGCUGAAGCAUUAUCAUGCAUGCAUUCAAUGUAUAGUCCUGUUCUUCAUGGUGACAUCAAAUCCGCUAAUAUAUUGCUAGAUGAAAAUCUUCAGCCAAAGCUAUCGGAUUUUGGGAUAGCAAGAUUGCUUGCUGCUGACGAGAUUCAGAAUACUGUAAAUGUCAUUGGUUGCAUAGGUUACAUGGACCCUUUGUUUUGUCAGAGUGGGAGACUAACUCUGAAGAAUGAUGUAUACAGUUUUGGAGUCGUUUUGCUGGAAAUCAUCACCCGAAAGAAAGCUGUGGACGGAAACAGCAUCCUUGCUCAAACUUUUGCCGAAGCCCCACGAAAAGGGAAAAAGAUGAGGCAGAUGUUUGAUGUGGAAAUUGCGAAUGAUAAAAAGAACACGAAAUUUCUUGAAGAUGUCGCAAAACUAGCAGCUGAGUGCUUAAAAAUGGAGGGCAAAAUGCGUCCUGAAAUGGUUGAAGUAGCGGACAGACUUAGAACAAUUAGAAAAGCUUACCAUCAGCGCAAGGGCAGAAGUUCUGCAGGUAGCAACUCUGGACUUACGAAAAGUGGAAAGUCAGAUGUCAACAAUAGUGAUAAAUUUCCACCAUCUGUGGUACUUACCAUUUCUAUGGAUGAACUGAAAGAGAUAACCAGGAACUUUAGCAAUAAUGCUCUAAUAGGAGAAGGCUCACAUAGUCAAGUUUUUUAUGGAGUGCUGAAAGAUGGACGUAAAACUGCAAUCAAGAAGAUUAGGCCUACUAACGAAGUCAUUUUGGAGGUUCCGGUGGUCUCAAGAUUCACACAAGACAAUGUUAUCCAGCUUCUCGGAUAUUGUGUUGAAGGAAACAAUCGUAUUCUUGCUUACGAGUAUACAUCCAGGGGAUCGUUGAAUGAUAUUCUUCAUGGUAAAAAUAAUAUUGGAGGAGCCGAACCAGUACGGGUUCUGUCAUGGGUAAAACGUGUGAAGAUUGCCUUGGGUGCUGCAACUGGGCUUGCGUUUCUCCACGAGAAGGCACAGCGUAUCCAUAGUUCCAUCAAGUCCAGCAACAUAUUUCUCUUUGAUGGUGACGUUGCAAAGAUUAGUUUCCCUGGUGUUUCCAGACAGGACCCUAACAACAUAAAUAAUAUCCUUUUGGAUCGUCCCAGUUUGCCUCCCAGUCCCAGAUCCUGUUAUGACGCGCCUGAGUAUACAACAGACGGACAAUUUUGUAUACUGAGUGAUGUCUAUAGCUUUGGGGUCGUGCUGCUGGAACUUUUAACCGGUCGCAGUGCAGUUGAUCCUAAACUACCCUAUGGCAAACCUCUGGUGGACUGGGCUAUACAAGGACUUAGUAAAUGCAAGGUGCAAGAAUUCGUGGAUCCGAAGCUCCGAGGAGAUUACCCUCGCAAGGCUGUCACCAAGAUGGCUGCACUCGCGGUGCAAUGCAUAGAUCUCAAGUGGUACCGCCCACAAAUGAGGGUCGUCAUCGAGGCUCUAAGGAAUCUUCCCAGCGAUACCGGAAAAAGGAGUUCAUUGGAAGUUUAAAGAGUUACAAUCUAGAAGCACCAGUUCCUCUGGGGGACUAUGGUUCAGUCACACAGUAAUAGGCUCUGUGCAGCUAUUGUUUGCCGGUCGAUCUGCCACUCUCAUUUGUUCCCUUCGUAUCUUCAGUGGAUAAACUCCCAACCAGACAUCAACCAUCUGAUUUUUGAAUCUAGCUGACCAUAUGCCGAGGCGAUCUACAUUAGUACUAAACAGGGUCCUCGUAGCCUCCCAAGAAUUCUUGAAUUUAAAGAUACUGUAUUGUUAUUUGUAUGCUUGGUAGAACUUUGGAGUGCAUCUUA